UGGUAGAACCCAAUAAACCCUAAAACAAGCCCCAAUCCAAAAAGGCUCAACCCUACUGCUGCUUGUUCUACUCUGUUCCAGGAUUCCAUCUACCAGACGCGGCCUCCGAUUCUUCUCUCCGUAGCUUGCAUUUGGAAGAAUGGUGAGAGUCAGUGUUUUAAAUGAUGCUCUUAAGAGCAUGUAUAAUGCUGAGAAGAGGGGUAAACGACAGGUUAUGAUCAGGCCAUCAUCAAAAGUGAUCAUCAAAUUUCUUUUGGUGAUGCAGAAGCAUGGUUACAUUGGGGAGUUUGAGUAUGUCGAUGAUCACAGAGCUGGCAAAAUUGUGGUUGAACUGAAUGGGCGAUUGAACAAGUGUGGAGUUAUUAGUCCUCGCUUUGAUAUUGGAGUCAAAGAGAUUGAAGGUUGGACUGCUAGAUUGCUUCCUUCAAGACAGUUUGGAUAUAUUGUGCUAACAACAUCUGCUGGCAUCAUGGAUCAUGAAGAAGCUAGGAGAAAGAAUGUUGGAGGAAAAGUACUUGGUUUCUUUUAUUGAUAAGAGCUUUCAGGAUAAGUUUUGGCUUACUGCUGAGUAGUUUAUCCACAUGCCCCAAUUUUCAUCUUAAACGUUUAUGUUUUUAUUAUUUUGUACUUGAGGUAAACUUUUCCUUUGUUAAUGACUUGAGAAUUGAGAUUAUGUUCUAUGCGAUGUGAGAAUUUUGAGUAGUCAAA